ACACAGCUCUCACCGCCUCAUAGGCCGGCGUGAGGGGGACGAUCCCGGCGCCUCAGCGCGGUGGGCAGGGCCAUCAUCUCCGUAAUGUUCAUUAGAUUUAAGGGAAGCAAUGUUUCUCUCCGCUCAGCUGCGACGACGGACUCUAUCGGCUUCGGACCUCUCGCCAUUUUAAUCUGCCAUCUGAAGGAAUAACACACACAUUUAACAAUCAUAAGGCGUCUCUUCGCGGCCAGACACAGCUCCACGGUGAUGGACAUGGAGGUGAUGCAUUCCAGUCAACAGGACAUGGACCUGAUUGACAUAUUGUGGAAGCAGGACAUCGAUCUCGGCGCCAGGCGUGAGGUGUUUGACUACAACCACCGUCAGAAAGAACAUGAGCUGCGGAGACAGCGGGAGCUAGAAGAAGAGAAGAGGCAGCAUCAGCUCCGGGAGCAGGAGAAGGCCCUGUUGGCACAGCUACAGCUCGACGAGGAAACGGGAGAGUACAUACCCCGCCCGCCUCCCAGCGCCCCACUGCAGUCGACCGCCACACCUCUAGAGGUUACAAAGAAUGUCAGCUUCACAGAAGAGAACGAGGAUGCCAUGUCAUUUGAUGAAUGUCUGCAGCUACUUGCAGAGACAUUUGCUGUAGAGGAAACUGAGAACACCUCUGUUUGCCUGGACACAACUGCUGUUGCAGCACCCAUGAUGUCCCCUGAGCAGACAGUUCUGCCUCCUGCUUCCCUCACCCCAGGUCCACCACCACCACCACAGAGGAUGUCCCCAGAUUUGGAGCAGGCCUGGAUGGAGCUUUUGUCCCUCCCUGAGCUGCAGCAAUGCCUGAACCUGCAAAUGGAAGACACACUGGAGACCACAACGUAUCCUCUUCCAAACAGCUCGGAAGUGCAGAAUCCAAACUACACAUUUUACCCCAUGAAUCACACAGACGGGGAAACAAACACAAAUGUUUGUCCUGCACAGUUUAUGAAUACAUUCGAUGGCUCUGUUCCCAACAUGGCCCCACCAGACAAUCCCAGCCAGAUGAAGGAGAAAGCUCCUCAGUUAAAUGCUAACUUCACUGCAGAAAGUUUCUGCGACUUGUUUUACCCCAGCGCCGUUCUGGAAGAGAGCAGUGGCCUUGAAGGAAGUGAAAGUAAAGCCAAGUCUGAUAUCUCAAACAAGCCUCCCUUCACACCGGUGGACCUUUACAGCCUCUCAUCUGGAGAUGCAUUUGACAGAGGGAAACCGAAUCCGACGGCAGAAAUGCCAGACUCAGAUUCAGGAAUCUCUUCAAACACAAGCCCAAAUGCGAGUUCCCCUGGGAAGUCUUCGCAUGGAGAUGAGUCCUUUGGUUUCAGCGAUUCGGACAUGGAGGAGCUGGACCACAACCCGGGAAGUGCAGAAUCUGACUACUCAGACAUGUUCUCACUAAAUUUCCAACCUGAUCAUCUUCAACCGGCAAUUUCUCUAUUCGCGGCGAUGGGGCAGCCACAACAGCGGCAGGAAAAGAAUCCCAGACAACACAAGACCGAUCCGGCCGAGGAGAGCGGUCACGACAACACCCCGUUCGCCAAAGACAAGCAGAAGAAACGCUCGGAAAAGCGUCUCUCCAGAGACGAGCAGAGGGCCAAGGCCCUCAAAAUCCCUUUCACCGUCGACAUGAUUACCAAUCUGCCGGUUGACGACUUCAACGAGAUGAUGUCGAAGCACCAACUGAACGAGGCCCAGCUCGCCCUGGUCAGAGACAUACGCCGACGCGGCAAAAACAAGGUGGCGGCCCAGAACUGCCGCAAACGCAAGAUGGAGAACAUAGUGGGUCUCGAGAGCAACCUGGACUCACUGAAGGAUGAUAAGGAGCGUCUGCAGAGCGAGAAGAGCCAGAACAUCACAAACCUGAAGGAAAUGAAGAAGCAACUCAACAGCUUGUACCUGGAGGUCUUCAGCAUGCUGAGGGACGAGAAGGGGAACUCCUACUCGCCCUCCGACUACUCCCUCCAGCAGUCGACUGACGGCAGCGUCUUUCUAGUCCCUCGCAUCAAAAAGACUUUUAUCAAGAGCGAAGACAACCUCCUAUCGCCUUUGUAAUAUGGUACUGCAUUAUCACGGUAAUACUAUGCAAUAACUUUCUUGUUGUUCCGCUUUAAAGCAUUAAUAGCUCUGCAGAACUAUUGUAUAGUUUCUGCGCACUUCUCUUGAAUGUUGGAAUAUUUUUGAUAUUUUACUGCUUUUGUACUCAGAUUCCUGACACAGAUUCUUUAACCGAUAUUGUUUGUAAAUAUAUACAUGACUUGCUUUUGAGAUUGAUAAAACUGUUACUGUAUGCGUGUAUAUAUUGUAUAUAUCAUAUUUCUGAUUGUUUCAAUCAUUGUUACUCAUAUUUUAUAACUGUCCCUGUAUGAUUUGCUGCCCAAGCUCUUUUAUAAAAUCUUGACUUCUUUCAAUAAAGUAUUCCUAUAGCUA